AUGGUGUUUCCGGACUAUUACUUCUUCGCUGAAAGACGUUUGGUAAACCAUGCCAUUGAUGAAAAACGCGUCAAGGAUUUGGAUGACUGUGAACUCUUUUGCUACCUGACGGACGACUGUGUCAGUCUUAACUACAAAAAAGAUCCAGAAAGUGAUAAAACAGGUUACAACUGUGAACUUAAUAAUGCCACGCAUCUGAAAUAUGACAGUGACUUGACAACUGAUGCAAAGUUUUAUUAUCGUGGCUCAAAGGUGAGUUACGAGUCGAUUUUUCAUAAUCAUCGCCUUAAAAUAAUGCAAAAACAACAUGAAUGUUUAUGCAAGUUCUCGUGCAUUCGAUCAUUCGGUAUUUUGGUUCUUCUUUCACUCAAACUCUCGAUCUUUCUUUAGUUAUUUGUUUCAUUGUGUUUUUGUCCUUCAGAACGCUUGUGACAAGAGUCCCCAGUGUCAAAAUAACGCAACUUGCCAGUCUGGAUUUACAUUCAAGGGAUAUCGAUGCUUGUGUCCUCCUGGAUUCAAGGGAAAACAUUGUGAAAAGGGUAUAAGUCUAAGUCAACACUUGAAAUGAACGUAAAUGAGUUUUUUUCUAAUUUUCAAUGCUGGUAUGACAACUGUUCUCUAGUUGUUGAAAGUGGCGUGAACUUGUCCAUUGUAUAAGGUGCUGAAUCUUUCCAAAAGAAAAUUUCUUACUAUAUUUUAUUGGGCGUGUGUAAUGUAUUCUUCGUUCGCUCCUUUGUAAAUUUUCGUUUUAUUUUGUUUUGGUUUGCCUGCUUGUUUACUGUUUUUUGUUGUUGUUAUUUGUUGUUGUUGUUGUUGUUGUUGUUUUGUUGUUGUUGUUGUUGUUGUUGUUUUGUUGUUGUUGUUGUUGUUGUUGUUUGUUGUUGUUGUUUUUUGUUGUUGUGUUAUUUUUUAAUAUAUUUUUUUUUUACCUUAAACGUUCGACGCCUUUCCAUGGCAAAAUAAGAGCAGUUCAUAUGUAUGUCGAAUGCUUAACACAGUAACUGCAAGGAGAGCUCAGAAAUAAUAGCUUAAUUGAAAGUUACCACCAGAGGACCACUUAAAGCAGGAAGCUACAAAUAAAUUAAGGUUUUUGCGAAUUCCUAUUGUUCCUAUGGCUCUUUCUUAGAAAGCGAACGCUUAUGUCUUUAGUUGAUAUUUUAUUCAUGUAUUUUUUUUUAAUUGUUUCUUUUUAAUUUUUACGACAGAUACUGAUAAAUGCGAAGCAUCCAUUGGCAAAUGCCACAAGGAGGCUUCGUGUAAUAACACACACGGAUCAUACGUGUGCACAUGCAAACCUGGAUUUAUCGGAGAUGGGCAUAAUUGUACAGGUAACUGUCAGAUAGAUAGAUAGAUAGUUUAUUAUCAAGAACCUUGCAGCCAUAGGCUGAAUUACGUUUGAUUUACAAUAAAAUAUAUACUACAAAAAAUACAUGGCUAAGAAGAACUAAUUAAAAAGACAAAAAUAUAUAAUUAAGAGAAAAACAAUAUUACAUCAUUGCUUUAUGGACAUAGUGAUGGAUAAAACUAUUUCGAGUACGAAUGGUGUGGAGGCGCCGUGUAGUAAAAGAGUGCUGACUCCUUAAAUUGACUUCGCACUCAUUCUUGGGAGGUAGUAAGCUAUAGAGCUUGUGCGAGGGAUUAGACAGGAUGGAAUUAAAAAGCUUAUCACAUAAGAACUCGCGGCGGUUGUGUAAGGGAACUAGACCAGUCAAAAGAAGCGCCUCAUUGUACGAACAAUCUGGAUAGAUAAUACGUAGAGCUCGCCUUUGACAUCUCUCAAGAUCUACUGAAAGGUAUUGCGGGAGGCUAUGAUGAUAAACAGGGCAUGCAUAUUCAGUGACAGGCCUAAUACAAGUCAAAUAGAAGAGCAAAAGUUCCUCCGACUUGACCUGUGCACGCUUAAGCUGACGCAAAAAAUACAGGCGCUUGUUUACUUUCUUUACAACUUCGGAUACGUGAUUAUUCCACGUAAGAUCGCAAGAUAUCUGCAAACCUAAGAUCUUUGCUUGCUCUACACACUCUAAGUCCUGAUCAUUAACCUUAAUUGGAUCAAAGUUCUUUCUAGAGUGACUGAAUGUUAUGCGCAGUUCCUUGCACUUGGUUUCAUUUAAUUGGAACUUGUCAGCAGAAGCUUGCGUCGCGAGUUCGUCAACCGCUUGUUGGACUUUGCUGACCUCAGACUUCAUGACUGUUUCAGAAAUAGUGGAGUCAUCGACAUAUUUCCACAUGUCUGUACCCGGGAUGAUGAGGUCGUUUAUCAUAAUAGUAAAUAACCAGGGGCCAAGUUUUGUGCCCUGUGGGACCCCUGAUGGGGUGGCCCCCCACUCCGAGUAACAGUCCUGACUAAGUUUAACACGCUGUCGGCGACAGGACAGAAAGUUCACUAUCCAGUCAAUUAUUCCGCUUGGAAGAUCGUAUGAAAUGAGCUUCUGAACUAGGAUCUGAUGGUCAAUAAGGUCAAACGCCUUGCGGAAGUCAAAGAGGAUGGUUCUGACAGUUGCACCGUUCCCAUCCGUAGCACUAAGCCAUGAGUGGACCAUGCUUAUUAGUGCUUGUGUCGUACUGGAACCUGGCACAGUCCCAAACUGCCGUACAUCCACUUUCGCCAACACAACAGGCUUGAGGAAACUCUCCACGACGAAAUCUUCAGCAACCUUAGAAAGCACGGGAGUUAGGGAUAUUGGACGUAGAUGUUUGUUUACAUCGUGUAUUGGAUUCUGCUUUGGUACUGGAGUGAUGUUAGCGUCCUUCCAAGACUGAGGCAACCGUGCUUCCUUAAACGAACAGUUAAGGAUAUCAGUCACAGGCAGUGCUAGUAAAUCUGCAUUCUCUUUAAGAAGCCAACCGGGGAUUCCGUCCGGACCGGUUGCCUUAGUUGGAUUUAAGGCGGAUAGCUUCUUUAAAACAGAGAAUUCUGAUACCUGGAAAGCACUCUCCUGGUCAGAGUUGGUUGAGGUGUUAGGUGAAAGGGGGUGAAGACGCGCAUAGGAGCCAAGAACGCCUGGUUGAUGGUGUUAGCAAUGUCUAUCGUGCUUGGAGGCGAACCUCCUGACCACAAUCAAUAUGUUGGUAGAGGGUAGCUGGAUUAACGCCUCUAGAAGCUGCGUCUGACGUACCACUGAGCUUCUUUACCUCACGCCACCAAACUGCGGGUUUACAGUCCUUCAGAUGUUCAACCUUGGAGUUAUAGAACUUUGCACGGCAUGCUUUCCUCUCACGAUUAACGCGAUUUCGUAGGGUGCGGUACUGCUCCUGGUCGCCUUGAGCGAGGGCCUUUUGGCGGCUGUGAAUGAGACCCUUCAAUUGUUGAUUGACCCAGGGCGGCUCGUUGGUUUGUACCGACUUAGACUUCAGGGGAAGGAGAAUGUCCAUUCCGGUCUUAACUAUGGUCUCCAGCAUUUCCACUUUGCCCUUGCAAGAAUCUUUACUAUCGAUAAGUGUCUUAACGUCCACAUUUCCAAGAUACGUGCGCAUAGCCAUACGCGUUGUAGGCUGUAAGUCCCUCGAUUUCACGAUAAGUUUAGUUCUUGGUUGUUGGGAACGCACGAGCGGCUGAACUUCCACAGAGAAAUGAUCGGACAAACCGAGAGCAGGGCGCUGGAUCGGAGGGGCAUAGAACUCCUUCACAUUUGUUAACACCGGAUCUAAGGUAUUUCUGCCGCGAGUUGGAAAGGUAACGAUUUGCUUCAAAUUAAAGCCGUUACUAAGGCGCGAAGAUUUCUUUAACAGAGUUUUAUUGAAGUCACCAAGUAAAAUUAUCCCGCAGCCAGGAAAGCGAGCCUCAACCAAAGAUAAACAGUUAUACAAAUAAUCCAGCAUAGGCGAAUCCGCGGCGCUCGGAGAAUGAUAAACAACUCCAACAAUAAUGCUGGUAAUGCCCCUUGGGAGACGCGAAGGCCGUAUUUGAGUCCAAACAACUUCAAACUUCCUAUCCAUAAUGUCCUCAAUGAUCUUGAAUUGGAUAGACUCUUUAAUGUACAGACACACUCCCCCAUGCACUGCUUCAGUUCGAUCUCGGCGGAUCACGUUAUAGCCAGAAAUAGCGACAAUAUUAUUGUCAAUGUGGUCUUUGAGCCAAGUCUCUGUUAUGCAUACAAGGUCGAAAUCUGCAUAAUGGACGACUUCACGGACUUCAUCUAUUUUCGGCGCCAGUGACAUGACGUUGGAGAGAAAGAACGACGGCAUGAAUAGCUUUGAUGACUUUGCAGGUUCGGCUUUAGAUGGUGUAGGUGGAAUAGCGAGAAGGUUGGCGUUAUUACAGUAUUUGUGACUGGACUUCAAACGGUAGGGGCCAUGGUUGGCUGACCUUGGUGAAAUAACUGCAAUAUGGCGGUGACGAUAAACUUCUCGCUCCUUCACUUGUCGUCCAGCUCUGGUACCGCGAUAAGAUGGCCAUUUCCCACCAUGAAAUCGAAGAAAACCAAAAGAGGGGCGAACCUGGACCAUUUUGCGGCAGCAGAUAUAACAUUUAAGGCAAUAAAAAUUCAAAAAUUACGGAAGCAGAUGAGACCUCGUGCUGCCUUGAAAGGCGCAUACAUUCAAUGAAUGUCAUUAGUCACAAAAGCCUUUAGAUUCUUGUUAAAUAGUACAAUGACAUUUUGUUUUGUUGGUUGUUUGUUGAUGUUUAUUUUGGUAACGUGGCAAGCCAGUUUUUAAUUAUUCAAAAGAGGUAAGGCAGUUACUCGAAUUAAAGUUAUAAAGUGAGAGCUUUUUACAUACAUAACUUGUUUUCAUCAGGUACGACAAUCUUGCGUUCUCGCAAUCCAGCUAAAGGUUGAAAACAGCCAUGGUUUGCACGCUUUAACACAGUUAUGGCUUAUGCACAGCGAUUUUUGCAUAGAUUUGAAAUCCCAUUUUUUUUAUCUGUGAUUUCAUAGACAUUGACGAGUGUAAAGGAAAGCACUCUUGUCACGAGAAUGCAAACUGCACCAACACCAUUGGAUCACAUGUAUGCGAUUGUCAGGCUGGAUAUACUGGAAACGGACAAAAUUGCACAAGUGAUUUGAUUCAUAUAAAAGCAGUGUAACUGCAAGGCUAGUUCAGAAAUACAAGCUUAUUUGAAAUGUCCAACUAGAGAACCGCUUAAAACAGAAAGCUACAAUGAAAUUGAGGUUUUUGUGAACUGCUAAGUUCCUAUCACUCUUUGAUAGAAACCGAAAUGCUUAUGUCUUUAACUAAUUUUUUUUUUUUUCUCGGCUUAUUUCUACUUUUUACGACAGAUACUGAUGAAUGCGAAACAAACCCUCGCAAAUGCCACGAGGAGGCUGCGUGCAAUAACACACGCGGAUCAUUUGUGUGCACCUUGACUAGUAUAAUGAGCUUUUGUUUAGUUGAUUGUUUGUCGUUUUUGUUUGUCUUGGUAACGUGGCGAGCCAUGUUUUAAUUCUACAAAAUAGGUGAGGCAGUUACCCGACUAAAAGUUAUAAAGUGAUAGGUUUACAUAGACAACUUGAUUUCUUCGUGUACGAUAAUCUCGCGUUCUCGAAAGCCAGCAAAAGGUUUAAGAUAACCAUGGCUUGCACGCUAUAACAUGGUGCUGGCACGACAAUUUUUGCAUACUUUUGAUACCCUCCUUUCCAUCUGUUAAUUCAUAGACGUUGACGAGUGUAAAGGAAACCACUCUUGUCACGAGAAUGCAAACUGCACGAACACCUUUGGAUCACAUGUAUGCGAUUGUCAGGCUGGAUACACUGGAGAUGGACAAAACUGCACAGGUGAA